AUGUUAUCAUCAUCAUCAUCAUCAUCAUCAUCAUCAUCAUCAUCAUCAUCAUCAUCAUCAUCAUCAUCAUCAUCAUCAUCAUCAUCAUCAUCAUCAUCAUCAUCAUCAUCAUCAUCAUCAUCAUCAUCAUCAUCAUCAUCAUCAUCAUCAUCAUCAUCCAAAUCAUCAUCAUCAUCAUCAUCAUCAUCAUCAUCAUCAUCAUCAUCAUCAUCAUCAUCAUCAUCAUCAUCAUCAUCAUCAUCAUCAUCAUCAUCAUCAUCAUCAUCAUCAUCAUCAUCAUCAUCAUCAUCAUCAUCAUCAUCAUCAUCAUCAUCAUCAUCAUCAUCAUCAUCAUCAUCAUCAUCAUCAUCAUCAUCAUCAUCAUCAUCAUCAUCAUCAUCAUCAUCAUCAUCAUCAUCAUCAUCAUCAUCAUCAUCAUCAUCAUCAUCCAAAUCAUCAUCAUCAUCAUCAUCAUCAUCAUCAUCAUCAUCAUCAUCAUCAUCAUCAUCAUCAUCAUCAUCAUCAUCAUCAUCAUCAUCAUCAUCAUCAUCAUCAUCAUCAUCAUCAUCAUCAUCAUCAUCAUCAUCAUCAUCAUCAUCAUCAUCCGAAUCAUCAUCAUCAUCAUCAUCAUCAUCAUCAUCAUCAUCAUCAUCAUCAUCAUCAUCAUCAUCAUCAUCAUCAUCAUCAUCAUCAUCAUCAUCAUCAUCAUCAUCAUCAUCAUCAUCAUCAUCAUCAUCAUCAUCAUCAUCAUCAUCAUCAUCAUCCGAAUCAUCAUCAUCAUCAUCAUCAUCAUCAUCAUCAUCAUCAUCAUCAUCAUCAUCAUCAUCAUCAUCAUCAUCAUCAUCAUCAUCAUCAUCAUCAUCAUCAUCAUCAUCAUCAUCAUCAUCAUCAUCAUCAUCAUCAUCAUCAUCAUCAUCCUAA